ACUGAACCCCGCGAACAUCGGCCACUCGCCGCCUCCGCUAAACCGUGCGAACGAGAGACACAAUAUAAAAGUGGCCUUCUUCCCCGUUCUCCUCAGUCAGUGAGGCCACAGCUUCCCGAUAGGUGUCUAAAGCUAUCUGUCUACUAUGAUCUCUAGUGAGAUGUCCGCCAUCGACGACACUUCCGCUCCCCCACGGGUCAUCUCUCCUCUCGAAUUCGAGAUCGCGUGCUUCCUAGCCGCCCUGCCUGCAAUGCUCUCAACUCCGGACUCCUUGCCAGCCAGCCCCAACUUCGAAGUCAACAAGAUAGAUGAGCCCAUCGCGGUCACUCGGGCCACCGACGGAGACGCCAUCAACGACGGUGGCGUGGCCAGUCUCAUCGAGGCACAGGAUAACAAGACCAAAGUCAGUCGCUCCAAAGCGUCUUCGGAGACCCCUGCUCCGUCCACCGCUGCCGACAACAAUGGGUGCUCAGAUGAAAACAAGGAAGAGAAUGCCCCAGCCCCUUUGAUAUUGGCCCAUAGCAUCGACGCCGAGACCAGUGGUCCGAAACCUACGCUAGCUCCGCUAAGUAGCAACAUCCUACAUAGACUACGUCCUCGGAAACGUCUCGAGAUUUCGGCUUCCCCAAAGCCCGUCAAGGCUCGUACUGGUUCUCAAGCUAAGGCGAAGAUGGAUUAUGGCAAGGUCCCGCGUAGGAUGCAAGCUAGCCCGUCACAGGUACACAUUAUGAUGAGGGUCUAUAAGGAAGUCACUCCGCACCCGGACCAAGUGUGGGCAAAAUUGAUCGCCAAUGCAACGCGGUAUCCUGCAGAGAAGGUUUUAAAGUGGUUUUCCGACAAGCGAGAAGUCGAUUCCAGCGAAAAUGGCAAAUUUCUCUCCCUGCUUUCGCCUGCUCAUCUGCAGGCGGUCGUUAUUGACGGCAGGGAAAUUAAGGUGUAUGCUCGGAGGGCCAUAGAAGGGCCAUGGACAGCCACUAAGUUCCAGAAGAUCCUCGAUGACAUUAUCGAACGUCAGCGGCAGACGUACGAGCAGCAGAAGGCGCGGGAGUUGAACGAUGGAUAACGGUUCUCCGCAAC